AUGCAACAGAAGAUAAUAUUAUCACUCAUUUGGAUGAAAGUUUUGACAAAUGGUGCUUUGCUUUCUGCUGGUGCUCGCCCAAAUUUUGAUCUAAAUUUUAACGAGCGAAAUUCCAACAAGAGAUAUUCAAUUAGAGUUGAAAAGAUUAAAGAGUUGGUUGGCAUUGUAUUACUGCUGGAAACGCUUGUGGCCACCGUCACCUUUACUGCUGUAUUCUCCAUCCCUGGUGGAUAUAAUAGCCCUAACAAUCCAGACAAAGGAAUGGCAACUAUUUUAAAUAAGCCUAUGUUUCAAUUCUCUGUGAUGUGCAACGCUACUGCUUUUUAUAGUUCCAUCAUCAGUAUUUUCUUCAUCCUGGUUGGUAUAAUGUUAGUUGAUGUCUAUUUUGCGGUAUAUUUCUAUUUCCUUUCCCUAUAUCUAUUAUGCUUUGCUCUUGCGAUGAUGUCCCUGGCAUUCAUGGCUGCAAUACAAGCAGGACUAAGCCAAGUUUCUUGGCUAGCCUCCUAUGCUCUCAUCAUGGGAAUCAUCUCUCUUAUCAUUCCAUUGUCGAUAAUCACAAUAAUUUCAUUACCAUUUUCAUGCAAUAAGCCGCAUUUUAUGCGAUAUAUCAUCUACUACCUCAGUCGUGCAGCUGUUCCACUAGUAAAAAAUUCCUCACUACUUGGAAGAGCAGAAGAAUCUGAGAUCAAAGAUUUGAAAGAACCAGAAGGGUCACAACAAUUGGGAAAAGAUGAACAACAACGGUCUCUGCCUCAAAGAGAAAGUAAGCAAGAAGAAUUGCAAGAGUUAAGAGACGAUGGGCAUACAACGAUAUCUUCAGAAAAUGGAGAGCAAGAAAGAGUAGUUGCUUAA